GCUGCGGGCGGGGGACUGGGGUGCGGGGGGGGGGGGGGGGGCCGGGGGGUCCGGUCCCAGCCCGGCCCCCUCCCGCAGGUGGCUGGAUGGCAAGCGCAAAAGAAAGAGCAGCCAAUGUUUGGUGAAGAGCAGCAUGUCAGGGUACAUCCCUAGUUACCUGGACAAAGAUGAACAGUGCGUGGUGUGCGGGGAUAAAGCCACCGGCUACCACUACCGCUGCAUCACCUGCGAGGGCUGCAAGGGCUUUUUCCGUCGGACCAUCCAGAAGAACCUGCACCCCACCUACUCCUGCAAGUACGAUGGCUGCUGCGUCAUCGACAAGAUCACCCGCAACCAGUGCCAGCUCUGCCGCUUCAAGAAGUGCAUCUCCGUGGGCAUGGCCAUGGACCUGGUGCUGGAUGACUCGAAGCGGGUAGCGAAGCGGAAGCUGAUCGAGGAGAACCGGGAGCGGCGGCGGAAGGAGGAGAUGAUCAAGUCGCUGCAGCAUCGCCCCAACCCCAGCGCGGAGGAGUGGGAGCUGAUCCACGUGGUGACGGAGGCCCACCGCAGCACCAACGCCCAGGGCAGCCACUGGAAGCAGAAGCGGAAAUUCCUGCCCGAGGACAUCGGCCAGUCACCCAUGGCCUCCAUGCCCGAUGGGGACAAAGUUGACCUGGAGGCGUUCAGCGAGUUUACAAAAAUCAUCACCCCGGCCAUCACCCGCGUGGUCGACUUUGCCAAAAAACUGCCCAUGUUUUCGGAGCUGCCUUGCGAAGACCAGAUCAUCCUGCUGAAGGGCUGCUGCAUGGAGAUCAUGUCGCUGCGGGCGGCCGUGCGCUACGACCCCGAGAGCGAGACGCUGACGCUCAGCGGGGAGAUGGCCGUCAAGCGGGAGCAGCUCAAGAACGGCGGCCUCGGCGUCGUCUCCGAUGCCAUCUUCGACCUGGGCAAGUCCCUCUCUGCCUUCAACCUGGACGACACCGAGGUGGCCCUGCUCCAGGCUGUGCUGCUCAUGUCCUCAGACCGGACGGGGCUGAUCUGCGUGGAGAAGAUCGAGAAGUGCCAGGAGACGUACCUGCUGGCCUUCGAGCACUACAUCAACUACCGCAAACACAACAUUCCCCACUUGCCCAAGCUGCUGAUGAAGGUGACGGAUCUGCGGAUGAUCGGCGCCUGCCACGCCAGCCGCUUCCUGCACAUGAAGGUGGAGUGUCCCACCGAGCUCUUCCCCCCCCUCUUCCUCGAGGUCUUCGAGGACCAGGAGGUGUAGGGCUGCCACCCCCUU